AUGGAUUGCAACAAAGAUGAGGCCAUCAGAGCUAAAGAGCUUGCUGAGAAGAAACUUGCGGAGUUGGAUGCUGCUGGGGCCAAAAGAUUUGCUUUGAAGGCUCAAAACUUGUAUCCUCAGCUUGAUGGUCUUUCUCAGUUGCUUGCAACUCUGGACAUUUACAUAUUUGCAGAUAAAAAGAUGAAUGGGGAAGUUGACUGGUACAGGGUGCUGGGUGUUCAUCCAUAUGCUGAUGAGGACACAAUUCGGAAGCAUUACAGGAAGCUGGCACUCAUUCUUCAUCCUGACAAAAAUAAAUCCGUCGGUGCAGACGGGGCCUUCAAAAUUCUAUCUGAAGCUUGGAAUUUGUUGUCUAAUAAAGCGAAGAGACUUGCUUAUGACCAGAAGUUAAGGGGCAUUUACACAAAUGUUUUAAAUGGGCAAUCAUCAUCAUCAACGGUGAAAACCAGUCGUAAUGGUUUCCAUAAUUUCUUCAAUGGUAAUACUUCAAACACCAGUUAUCAGAAUGGUGCUACCUAUUCCAAACCUGCUCCUCCUCACUCAGAAAGAACUGAUACUUUUUGGACAACCUGCAAUUCCUGUAAGAUGCGUUAUGAGUACUAUAGGGUUUAUGUCAACUUGAAUCUUCCUUGUGUCUUCUGUGGCAUGUUAUUUUUAGCUGUUGAGACACCAGACCCACCUAUAAAUGGAAGUAGUAAGUAUAUUCCAAUGUCUGCCUUCAUGCAGCAACAGAGGUUUCAUCAGGCUCAUGACACAAGAGGAUGGAGAUUUUCUGGCUUGCAUUCAUCUACAAAAAAUUUUCAGAAAGACGCAUUCCAUAAAUCAGGAAGUAACAUAAAUGUGGCUCCAGCGGCUUCUUUCACCGCUCAAGCUGUUGGUGUUAAUCAUUCAGCCAGUGAAACAUUAAAGAGCAGGCACAAAGAGUCACAAACAGGUACCAUGAGAGAGGAAAGCCUGCUGAAGAAAUUUCACCCAUCUCAGAAAACAGAUGCAGGUUUAAGUACUGGAUCCACAGGUUCUGUUUCCAGUUUUGCAGCUAAAAAACACAGACCUAAGAAGAGGCACAGAGAUGAAAGAGGAAAGGGAAAUCACAUGCCUGUAGUAAAUGAAAGGGCUAGCACUUCUAGUUUUCAAAAGAAUGGUUUCGAAACAGGAAGGAUGAAUAUUGCUGGGAUCUCUAGAAGUAAUAGCGUAAGGGAGCCGUCACAGGAGGAAAUUCGGAAUAUGCUGAUGCAGAUGGCUAGGAAACAUAUCAGCAAACUAAAUUCAUCCAACCCAGCUUCUCUAUCAAAUCCAUCAAAUAAACCGAAGUCUUUUGAUAAGGGGAUGGAUGAGAAGGAUAAAGGAAAUGGAAAAGAUGCUCUAAGGAUGAAAUUUGAUGAAAACAAAUCCAUGGAGUUCGUUGAUAUCAAGUCUAGCAUUCAGCCCAAAGAGUCUUACACUGUCCAUUCUGAUGUUGUUUCUGUUACAGAUGCUACAGAGGAACUUGUUCCUAGGGCCAUGAAUGUUCCAGAUCCAGAUUUUUAUGAUUUUGACAAGGAUCGUACAGAGAAGUCAUUCGGUGGGAACCAGGUUUGGGCUGCUUAUGAUGAUGAUGAUGGGAUGCCUCGUUAUUAUGCAAUGAUUCACAGUGUGAUAUCAUUAAAACCAUUCAAAAUGCGGAUGAGUUGGCUUAAUUCUAAAAGCAACUUGGAACUGGCUCCACUGAACUGGAUUGACUCUGGCUUUUACAAAACUAGUGGGAAUUUCUGGAUAGGCAAACAUAAAGUUAAUAUGUCUCUCAAUUCUUUCUCACACAAGGUGAAGUGGUCAAAAGGCAGAAAAGGAGCAAUUCAAAUAUAUCCUAGAAAGGGAGAUGUUUGGGCUCUCUAUAGGAACUGGUCCUCUGAUUGGAAUGAGCUCACGGCUGAUGAAGUGAUACACAAAUAUGACAUGGUCCAGGUGCUUGAAGAUUACAAUGAGCAAAAAGGAGUUGCUGUUGCUCCACUUGUCAAGGUGCCUGGCUUCAAGACAGUGUUCCAGAUGCAGUCCGAACCAAGCAAAACCUGGAUGAUUCCAAGAAAAGAGUUGUUUCGGUUCUCUCAUCAGGUCCCUUCUCAUUUGAUCACAGGUCAAGAAGGUCUAAAUGCUCCUCCUAAGGGCUGCUUGGAGCUUGACCCUGCGGCUAUUCCUUUGGAACUUCUUCAGGUGCUAACCGAAGCUCAGGUGAAAGAAAUGAAGGAGAUCAAUGAAAGAACUCAGGAAGAAACUGUCUCGGUUGAUUUGAAAAGAUCCAAAGGAAAAGAGCAGAUGGAGAAUGAUCUAAAAAUGAAGCCAAAUAUUAGUGCAGAAGGUGUUGAACAAGCCAUCAUGGAGCAAGAGAUCAAGGAAGAGAAGGAAAAGAAGAAACCAGGUAUGCUUGUUUACCGUAGAAGACAACAAAGAAAACAGGAAAGCUAGGGCAACAUGUUGGUGAUAGGGAAGAAUGUGAGCCAAAACAAAGGAAAUCCAAGAAAUUAGAAUGUUCAUAAUUCUUUUUCUCAGAGUCUCCUCAGCAGUCGAAUGCAGCACCACAGAAUGCAACAAGCAGCAAUCAGGGUUUAGGUUCUUCAAAACUGAGUUUAGGUUUAUCUGUCAACCUGUUUUGAAGAUCAACACAGUUUUUUUUCCUUUUUUAUCUUUUUAUAGGUCAAAACACCCUCUGGAAGGACAAAUUUUUUGCACCUGGUAAAAAAAAAUCCUCCAGGAGCUGCUCUUGUUUUUGAAGCCACAGUUCUCUUUAUUAUAGCAACUUGG